GCUUUGGGGGGUUCAGGGGGCGGAGAAGAACGGGGAGGAUGUGAAGAAUGGGCCCCCCCAGUUUCAGGAUGGACCCGUCGGAGCCGGGCAGCGCGGCCGAGGACGAGGAGGAGAAGCUUCCAGAAGUUCGGCCUCGCACCCGCUCGAACCCCGAGGGCGCCGAGGACCGAGCCCCGAGCGGCCUGGGCAGCGUGGGCACCCGGGGGGACACCGUGGGCACCCGGGGAGAGGCCGUGGGCACCCGGGGCGAGGGCAACCGGGCAGAGGCCGUGGGCAACCGGGCAGAGGCCGUGGGCAACCGGAGCGAGGGCGAGGGCGAGGCGGCCAGCGCCGGGCACAGCCCCCCCGGGCAGCCUGGCACGGCCUGGCACGGCCCCGGCGGUGCCCAGCACGGCGAGGUGACCGUGAGAACGCCCCGGGUGAACUGCCCCGAGAAGGUGGCACACAGAACCCCCUGA